CGCUGUCAGCUGCUUUCAUUCCUCUGAGCAGGUUCAACUCACCGGUCCGUGUUUGUAGCCACUUCACUUAUAUAUAUAUAUUAAAUAACUACUGGAGUAAUGGCGGCUCUGAAGUACGCAGGCAUGGACGAUACAGACAGUGAAGAUGAGUUACCGCCCGGGUGGGAAGAGAGGUCCACUAAAGAUGGAUGGGUCUACUAUGCGAGCCAUGAUGAGAUGAAGACACAGUGGGAACACCCCAAGACUGGAAAGAAAAAGCGUUGUGCUGGAGAUUUACCGUAUGGCUGGGAGCAAGAAACCGAUGAAAAAGGGCAGAUCCUUUAUGUUGAUCACAUUAACAAGCGGACCACAUAUUUUGAUCCGCGUCAGGCGUUUACAGUCGAGGAUGUGGUGGUGAAGCCUAAGCGAUACGAUGGCAACACUAGUGCUCUCGAGAUCCUGCAAGGUCGCGACUUCUCUGACAAGGUUGUCGUCAUCACCGGGGGCAACUCGGGCGUCGGCUUUGAGACAGCCAGGACUUUUGCUCUUCACGGCGCCCAUGUGAUUCUGGCGUGUCGGAACCUGUCCCGGGCCAUCAAGGCCAGUAGCCUCAUACAGCAGGAGUGGCACAGAGCCCGAGUGGAAGCCAUGAUGUGCGACCUGGCCUCUCUCCGCAGUGUCCGCGAGUUUGCUGAGUCUUUCAAGGCCAAGAAGCUGCCCUUGCACAUCCUGGUGUGUAAUGCAGGAGUGUGCACUCAACCCUGGAGCCUGACGGAGGACGGCCUGGAGUCCACCUUCCAGACCUGCCACCUCGGUCACUUCCUUCUUGUCCAGUGCCUACAGGACGUGCUGCGCUGCUCGGCACCCGCCCGCAUUGUUGUCGUGUCCUCAGAGUCUCACAGGUUCACGGACCUUUUAGACACGUGUGGUAAGGUGGACCUCUCGAUGCUGUCCCCCCCGAAGAAGGAGUACUGGUCCAUGCUGGCGUACAACCGGGCCAAGCUCUGUAACGUUCUGUUCAGCAAAGAGCUCAACCGCCGCCUCUCGCCUCAUGGCGUCACCUCCAACGCAUUGCAUCCUGGGAACAUGAUGUACACCUCGAUCCACCAGAGCUGGUGGCUGAUGACCUUCCUCUUCACGCUGGCCAGACCUUUCACCAAGUCCUUGCAACAAGGGGCGGCCACCACGGUGUACUGUGCCGUGGCCCCCGAGCUGGAGGGGCUGGGAGGCAUGUACUUCAACAACUGCUUCCGCUGCCUGCCCUCCAUGCAGGCCCAGGACCAGAGCUGCGCCGCCAGCCUGUGGGAGCUGAGCGAGCGGCUGGUGGCAGAGACGUCUGCCGGGGUGAAGGCCCUCUGAUGGACAUGAGGACGAGGACCAGGAGGAGGAAGAGGAGGAGGAGGAGGAGGAGGAGGAGGGGGACUGGCCAAAAAGUAAUACGAAUCAUGUCGACGUCCAGUUAGAUAUAAACUGAAGGAAAGAUAACUGCACUCUGACUGCACUAUACAAGAGCUGCCAACCACAGACGUCCAUCACGUGACUACAGGGGCUAAAACACA